AAAAAUCAACUUUAUUGUUCCUCAGCCCCACCUCCCGGCGGCGCGCCUCCUCAGGAUGCACUGAGGCUGUGGCGGGGGAGGCGGCGGCGGCUGGCGGUCGCGGUCCCUCUCCUCCGAGCGCCCGGCCGGAGGGGAGGGAGUCACGAUGUCUGGGAGCCGCCAGGCCGGGUCGGGCUCCGCCGGGACCAGCCCUGGCUCCUCGGCGGCCUCCUCGGUGACUUCCGCCUCCUCGUCCUUAUCCUCCUCCCCGUCGCCGCCUUCCGUGGCGGCCUCGGCGGCGGCGCUGGGGUCCGGCGGGGCGGCGCAGGCCGCGGGCUCGGGCGGCCUCGGGGGCCCGGCGCGGCCUGUGUUGGUGGCGGCCGCCGUUUCUGGCAGCGGCGGCGGCGGCGGCGGCGGCGGGGCGGUGUCGGCGGGCCUGUCCCGGCUCAGCUGCGCGGCCAGGCCCAGCGCCGGCGUCGGAGGGAGCAGCUCCAGCCUGGGCAGCGGCAGCAGGAAGCGCCCUCUGCUCGCCCCGCUCUGCAACGGGCUCAUCAACUCCUACGAGGACAAAAGCAACGACUUCGUCUGCCCUAUCUGCUUUGAUAUGAUUGAGGAAGCAUACAUGACGAAAUGUGGCCACAGCUUUUGCUACAAGUGUAUUCAUCAGAGUUUGGAGGAUAAUAAUAGAUGUCCCAAGUGUAACUAUGUUGUGGAUAAUAUUGACCAUCUGUAUCCUAAUUUCUUGGUGAAUGAGCUCAUUCUCAAACAGAAACAAAGAUUUGAGGAAAAGAGGUUCAAAUUGGACCACUCAGUGAGUAGCACCAAUGGCCAUAGGUGGCAAAUACUUCAGGAUUUGUUGGGAACUGACCAAGAUAACCUUGAUUUGGCCAAUGUCAACCUCAUGUUGGAGUUACUAGUGCAGAAGAAGAAACAACUGGAAGCAGAAUCACAUGCAGCCCAACUACAGAUCCUUAUGGAAUUCCUCAAGGUUGCAAGAAGAAAUAAGAGAGAGCAGCUGGAACAAAUCCAGAAGGAGCUAAGUGUCUUGGAAGAGGAUAUUAAAAGAGUGGAAGAAAUGAGUGGCUUAUACUCUCCUGUCAGUGAGGAUAGCACAGUGCCUCAAUUUGAAGCUCCUUCUCCAUCACACAGUAGUAUUAUUGAUUCUACAGAAUACAGCCAACCUCCAGGUUUCAGUGGCAGUUCUCAGACAAAGAAACAGCCUUGGUAUAACAGCACAUUAGCAUCAAGACGAAAACGACUCACUGCUCAUUUUGAAGACUUAGAGCAAUGUUACUUUUCUACAAGGAUGUCUCGUAUCUCAGAUGACAGUCGAACUGCAAGCCAGUUGGAUGAAUUUCAGGAAUGCUUGUCCAAGUUUACUCGAUAUAAUUCAGUACGACCUUUGGCUACAUUGUCAUAUGCUAGUGAUCUCUAUAAUGGUUCCAGCAUAGUCUCUAGUAUUGAAUUUGAUCGGGAUUGUGACUAUUUUGCAAUUGCUGGGGUUACAAAGAAGAUUAAAGUCUAUGAAUAUGGCACAGUCAUUCAAGAUGCAGUGGAUAUUCAUUACCCUGAAAAUGAAAUGACCUGCAAUUCCAAAAUCAGCUGUAUCAGUUGGAGUAGUUACCAUAAGAACCUGUUAGCCAGCAGUGAUUAUGAAGGCACCGUCAUCCUAUGGGAUGGAUUCACAGGACAGAGGUCAAAGGUCUAUCAGGAGCAUGAGAAGAGGUGUUGGAGUGUUGACUUUAAUUUGAUGGAUCCUAAACUCUUGGCUUCAGGUUCUGAUGAUGCAAAAGUGAAGCUGUGGUCUACCAACUUAGACAACUCAGUGGCAAGCAUUGAGGCGAAGGCUAACGUGUGCUGUGUUAAAUUCAGCCCCUCUUCCAGGUACCAUUUGGCUUUCGGCUGUGCAGAUCACUGUGUCCACUACUAUGAUCUUCGUAACACUAAGCAGCCAAUCAUGGUGUUCAAAGGACACCGAAAAGCAGUCUCCUAUGCAAAGUUUGUGAGUGGGGAGGAAAUUGUCUCUGCCUCAACAGACAGCCAACUAAAGCUGUGGAAUGUAGGGAAACCAUACUGUCUACGUUCCUUCAAGGGUCACAUCAAUGAAAAAAACUUUGUAGGCCUCGCUUCCAAUGGAGAUUAUAUAGCUUGUGGAAGCGAGAACAACUCUCUUUACCUGUACUAUAAAGGACUUUCUAAGACUUUGCUAACUUUUAAGUUUGAUACGGUCAAAAGUGUUCUGGACAAAGACCGAAAAGAAGAUGAUACAAAUGAAUUUGUUAGUGCCGUGUGUUGGAGGGCACUGCCAGAUGGGGAGUCCAAUGUGCUGAUUGCUGCUAACAGUCAGGGUACAAUUAAGGUGCUGGAGUUGGUAUAAAGGGUUUACUCAAGUUAAAUUGUACUUGAUCCCGCUGAAAUACAUCUGCAGUUGACAAUGAGAGAAGACAGAGACUGUUGUGUGAUGUUUCUCCCCAAAGUCCUCAUGGGUUUUGGAUUUGUUUUGAGUAUUUUUUCUUUUCCUUUUUUUUCUCCUCUGUGACCUUUGGGACAUUGGGAAUACCCAGUGAACUCUCCACCAUCAAUGUAACUCCACAGACUUUGCUGCUGUUGGUGGUGUGGUUAUCUAAUUUUUGUGAUAGGGAAACAAAUUCUUUUGAAUAAAAUAACAAAAAAUAAUAAAAGUUUAUUGAGCCACGGUU